CAGCAUCAGCAUCAAAGAGCUCCGAUUCUUGCCGCCCUGGGAGCCAUGCGCUGCUGUCUGUAAUGUCAGCGGAACAGGAGAAGGACCCCAUCGCGCUGAAGAGAUCUCGAGGUGGUGACAGUGGAUUGGAUGGGCUAGGAGGACCAGGAGUGCAACUUGGAAGCCCUGAUAAGAAAAAGCGCAAAGCAAAUACACAGGGAUCAUCAUUUCCUCCUCCAUCUGAAUAUGCUCCACCGCCGAAUCCAAGCUCAGACCACCUUGUAGCUGCAAAUCCAUUUGAUGACAACUACAAUACUGUGUCUUAUAAACCACUUCCUUCAGGAAAUCCGUAUUUCAGUAAUCCUGGUUAUCCUGGCUUUGGAGGCUAUAACACUUUCAGAAUGCCACCUCAUGUGCUGCCCAGAGUGUCCUCGCCGUAUGGUGGUUCUUACUCCCUCAGAAACCAACCACAUCCCCUUCCUCAAAACCCUGUGGGAAUGGGUUUUAGUCGACCCCAUUCUUUCAGCUUUGGUCCACAUGAUAACCCAGGUUUUGGGAAUCAACCACCUUAUAGUAGUGGUCAGAUAAAUCAAAAUGUCAGUAUACCUGGUCAGCAUUUCAGACCAAAUCCUGGUGAGAACUUUGGCCAUUCUGGUCAGAUACCUCACCCUGAUAUGCCAUCUAACUUUGGUCCUGGAAACAAUCCAAAUUUCCCAAAUUCUCAGCUAGAGUCAAACCAUUCUUUUGUUCCUCCACCAAACACAUACAACCAGACAAAAUCAUCAGCACAAAAGCAAGAAUUGAGUCAAGGUGCAAGCAAAGCAUCCAUCCAGAACACCGCUGCUCAUCAGCAUCAUCACAGGACAGAGGACAUUGUAAGUCAAGGUAACAGCGACUUAAAAAAUGUUACUCGAAACAAUGUGGUAAAUCAGGAUAAUAGCCAUUCUAAUAGUGCUGAUAACACUAAUGCUGGUCAUUCAAAUGGGACUCAGAGUAAGUCCCGCCAGCCUCGAGGUACUGCUGAAGGAUGCAACUCUGAAAAAAGCAGCAAAACACCCCUUCAUCCCAGUCGUCAUGGUCACUCAUCCUCUGAACCUGUCUAUCCAUGUGGAAUUUGUACACAUGAAGUUAAUGAUGACCAGGAUGCCAUCCUGUGUGAAGCCUCUUGUCAAAAAUGGUUUCAUCGGAUCUGUACAGGUAUGACUGAGUCAGCUUACGGCCUUCUUACAGCAGAAGCAUCAGCAGUGUGGGGUUGUGAUACUUGCAUGGCUGACAAAGAUGUCCAGUUAAUGCGUACAAGAGAGACCGCAGGUCCACCUGCAUUGAAUACAGAUGGCUAAUCAUGUGAAUUGGUGGUAGUGGUUGAAAUACUUGCUAUGAAGAUUUGGUUACAAAUUGGGUAUUUCACUUUUUGCAGACAAUCAGUUGUAGUUGAUUGCUGUCAUCUUUUUUUCCGUAAUUGUUUUCAUUCAUAAACUUCCAUCUCAGCUUUUGUACUCUUAGUUUUAUGUGUACAAAUAUUUUACAGGAUGGAGUAUUUUUUUGUUUCUGAUUAAACUGUAAAACAUAACUGACAACUGAUCAGAAGUAAGAUGUGCAUUGGCAAUUUUAUCAGAGGCAAAAAUGUGCCUGUAUGAAUAGCCCCUAAUUUGCUAGCGUUAAUGUGUUAACUAACACUAGCAUUUAUUGCUUGGUUUUAGUGGUACUUUAUUUGCAAGUAACCAUAGAUUUUAUUUCUUUGAAUAUAGUGGAGAUGACAUGGAGGAAUGAAUGUGCAGUACUAAUAGUUUUUAUUUUAGGGUAAAUACAGAGAAUUUUGUAUGUGCUUUUUCCUAUUUUUGAAGUAAAGUAUUAACACACUAUAUAGAAAUUUGUGGCUUUGUGCUUAGUAACACAACGAAAUCUGCUAACUCUUACACAUUUAUAUUUCCUUGAAGAGGCAAUGAUCUCUUUUGACUUCUCAGCAAAUACUUGCUGAAGACUCUUGCUAGGUCUUGCAGUAUUUGGAAAUAGUUACAAAAUAUGAUUACGUCAGAAAAAGAGCAUAUCAAGUUUAUGACAUCCAGUGCUUUAAAGCUAGAGAAUACCAAAACUAGGGUUGCAUAUGUAACCUCAAUUCAUUUAUCUUAAGCACAUACAUAAGGAUACAGUCUCUGCAUCUGUCACAGUUGUGCAGUCAAGCACCUCUCUCUCAUCCUUUCUCAUUGACGGUUCUAGUAUCCCACCACAGUACUGCCUGAGAAAUGUGAAUGAACUAGUGCAGGAAAAGUCCUGCCUGUCUUCUACGGCUUUCAGCUAGAGCCUGCUCAAUCAUCCUGAGCUUACACAGUCCACUUGGCAUUGAAGGAGGGUGCAAGGCAAUGGGGUGUGCUCAGCACAGGCUCUGAAUCACAAGAUAAUUUGGCCAGCAAAGUGUUAAAACUGAAUUCCCACCACUGCCUCAGGCAGUCUUGCAGUGAGGGGGUGGGAAAUCUAGGGUGAAGAAAAAUACAGCUUUCACAUCAGGUGAGUUUAGCUCACAUUGGGAGCUUCUUAGCUAAACUUGAUAUCCUACUGACAAGUGUGAAUGGCAUUAGAGCUUCGUGUGUGGUGCUAAGAAUUCUGUUUUAAUAUGGGUAAUUUGAUUUUAUUCUUGAUCACAAAAAUACCCCCCGCUUUAUUUUUAUAAUGGGGGGAAACAUCUAACCUUGAAGACUUCAGCCUUAGCAGUGUGAUAAAGUUGGAUAUGCAGCUGAAACAUGAGUGUUUCUGUAGAGUGGUGUUUUAACUUAAUAAAAGGUGGCACUGUAAUAACAGACUGCCUUUAAUACUCACCACUGUGCUGGAAACUUGGUCUUUAAACAGUCAGCAAUUAAAUAAUAUGUCAUGCAUUACAGGUACUAGUCGUGUUCCUUAAUGUGAUCAAUUGUUCAGGUCUGUGGUGAUGAGUGAUGUAGGAGCCUAUAUAGAAUACAGCCAUCUAUAUAUAGAGGUAGUUUUUAUGGUAAGCUAUGCUAAUGAGUGAAAAGUAAGGCCUGUUUGCUAAAGUCACCAUUGUGUUUGAUUUUUAAAUGGGCUCUACUGUGGUACCUUCCUGGAAGAUACUGUGCAGAUCUACAUAACUGUCCUUGUUUUAUUUUAAAAGUGCUAAGUUUUAUAUACUGUUUUACGGGGAACGUGCAGUAUUGCCCUCCUUUUUUGUCUUGCCUCACAUCAGGAAAAAGGAAAUAAUGUCUAAAGUGUAAAUGACACAAUUCAUAUAUUGAGGAUUUCCUGUAUGGAGAUGUAAAGAAAGUGUAAGGCAGAUCCAGAACUUCUGUAUUUAUCACUAUUUUCUUUAUUUAGUACAGAGACUAAAUGUUAUCUUAUUUUGUUAGUCGUGUCAUAUUUAAAAAAAAACAACCAAGCACAAUGGUUAUUAGGGAGAUUUAUUCUUCAGUAGUUUUCCUAAUGACUGACUGAAUGCUAGAACUUGCUUUUGGUAUCUAAAGCAGAAAUUAAACCAAACCUUGUUUAGAUAGAUUUGUUCCUCUGGGAGUCUAUUUAAUCUCUGCUACAAUUUGCACUGUGAAGGUAGUGGAGCUGGUUCAGACCUACAGCAAUGUAAAUGAAAUAAAAAAUUUUGCUCCGUGAAAAAUUCAGCAAAAGCUCCAGUGAUGAUAUUGUUACCCAAGCAUGCUGCUCACCAUAGCUUUCCCACUCCCAUACCCCAUUCCUGUUGUGAGAAGGUGUUUGGGGCAUUUGUUCUCAGAAGUCCAAUUAAAGUUUUAACAUUUUUGAGCAGACAUUGUAUUUAAAAUAGCCAUGUAUUUCUUAACCUCUUCUUCAACCCUACAAGAAGUUUGGCAAGUGUUUUCUAUAUUAGCUAGCAAAACAUUAGAAUUUAAAUAUAGUGUUCUUACAAACUUAAAAUCAACUGAAGUAUCAUCUUAUAAGGCCUUAAAUUGGAUAUUUGUGAAACUUAUUCUAACAAUUUAAUUCAGUUUUUCUGAAGUGGUACUAUGUUGGGUUUGUAACCCAGUAAAUUUUCUGCAUUCCUUAACUUGCAAAUUCAAUUGUUUCAAAUAAAAAUGAAUGAGCAACAAAACCAAACUUGUUAUCAUGCUGAUCAUAGAGAUACGACUGAUUAGGAUCUCCAAAAGUCAUCCAGCCAAUAUGCUGCCCUGCUGAUACUCUCUUGGCAUACCUGGGCUCUUUAUCUAGAGAGAGGGUUCUACUUUGUUUUUCUCUGCGCGUAUUGACUAGUAGUCAUUCAAGUAUGCACAGGAAAAACAACAAUCAUGUUUUGUUAGUAAGGUACUAGGAAAAUGUCAGCUGAUUAGAAUUAGAAAUUAGUUAUAGAAGGGUGGGUGGGAGGGAGGGCUGGUUAGAAUAGGUGAGGUUUUUUGUAAUACUCUACACAAAACAAUUUGUAUUGAACUAUCAUGUGCUUCUUUCAUUACUAGUGAUUUAGACUGUACUGGUGCUGUACACCAAAAAUAUUGCAGAGAUUUUGUAAAUCUUACAAACCUUAACAUUUUUGUGGGAAAUGCCUGUGUCCUUUUUAAAUAGCUCCUUGUCAUGGUCAGAAAUGCAGCCUAUAUUGCCCAAAAUGUGUCAUGGGGUGUCCCGUGUCCCCUGUGCCCCCCGCCAACCUGGCUGAAGUAAACAGGUGUAAACUGGAUUGAACUGUCCUUAACACUUAGAUUUUUUGUCAGAGACCAGUUUUAAAUGAGAAAAUAUAUCAUUUGCUCUUUAAAAUAUUUGUUUUAUUGGUGUCAGGGUAAGUAACAGUGCUGCAUAUAAGCUAGAGGGCAGAUAUAAAAAAAAUCCUGUUUCUGGCUGUUUUACUAAUCCAUUCUACAAUUUGAGACAAGCAGGUUAACUGUUUGUGCUUCAAUCUCUUCUUUCAGAAGAUCGGGCUAAUGCUUACAUCCAAAAGGGUGUUCAGAAGCCUAUUUAUUAUUUGAGAUCUUCAGAUGAAAGAGACUACAGAAAAGUAAUAAAGUUUGCUCUACUUAAAGAAAAAUAUAAUUUUGGGGGCUGCUCAAAGAAUAGUAUACUUUGUGACUUCUGAAGUUUUUAAUCUAAGAACUGGCUUUAUAAUCACAUCUUUCAGGCUGAACUUCAAAGUCAGUGGAACUGCAUGUAUGCAGUCAAGAAUGUUUCAAAGUGUUUGGAGUUCAGGGCCUAUGAUAUUUGCAAGUGAAAUGCUCUUUAUGGUUUGAGAUUUUCACAAAAUCAGUGGUGUUCAAAUGUAGCACCUUUUAAACGUUUGUCUUUAUUCCAACUUAACACAAUAACACAUCUGCAUUAAAUAUAUCCCUUUCAUUUUAUAAAUAAACAUUGCCUGGCAGUAAAAGUAUUGGUGUAACAUUUUUAAAGAAAGGAAGUCAUGCUUCUUAUCAUGUUGUAUGUGACUUAAAUGACUGUUUCAUAUUAAAACUAAUCUUUCCUUAUGUACUGCUUAAAUAUACCUGUUUUGGGAUAUCAGUUCAGUACUUUUGAUACAAUCUUGAAUGUGUUCCACAUUGGUGACAUGUAUUUUUGCAACAACUUUUUUGUUUCAAUUUUAAAUUAGAGCAUGUCUGAAGUAAUACAUGCAUUAGUGCUGUGGUGUGUGGCAAAGUUAAUGUAUGUAAUUCAAAUUGGAAAAAAGUUUCCAGACUUUGUCCAACAUUAACCCUGUGGCCAGGGAUUAAAUUACUAUGUAAUACAAAUUAUUUCAUAUCAUGAUGUGUUUUAAGCUACUCUAUGAAGUAUGUGAAACAUUAUUGUUUAUGGAUUGGUAGCUGGUGUGGUAUCUUGCAUAGGAUGAGGUAUGAUAGAUGGUAGCAAUUCAUGGUAAUUAAAACUGACUACCUUUCAGAACAUGCAGCACUUACGUGCAUUGUCAUCUUAUUGCCGUAAAUGUUAGUAUGGAUUUCUUAAUAUUAUCCACUGACAAAUGGGUGAACAUUUGGUAAUAAGCUCACAGGUGCAAAAAUUCUAACACUCUACUUGGUUUACAAAACAUGUAAUUUUUUAAUCUGUUGUGUGAUUAGAUAUAUGCAGGAGGAUGUAGGACUGGAUGUAUUUUGAAGUUACUCUGCAACUACUCAGUUCUGUCUGAAGCUUUCUAUAUUAGAAUAGACUCUUCCUUAAAAUUGGAAAAUAAAGUGUACUUAGCAGAACUUUUAAGGCAAUAGAACUAUCCUACACUACACUAUGAGUUAUGCACAUUCACUUCUUUGUAUGGAACUCCUCUGAUUUCUUGUUGGUUUAUGCUUUAUAUGGAAAUAAAGGGUCCCUUUAGUGCCCUAGUGUUGUGUGUCAUCAGUUCUGAGGUAAUUAAUUCUGAAUGGUGUUCAGCUCCUUAGAGGUGCUGUCUAUAGCUUAAAGUAUUCAACGUCACCCUUAGUUUCCUGGUUCAGAAAUGGCUUACCCCAACAUCAUAAGGAAUACCCAUUUUUGUAUUGUUUGCCAUAUAUGAUUAAUUUUCCUUCUCAUGCUAAACAAACUGCCUCAGAAUAAUUUUUGAUCCAACCGCACCUUUUUACUCGGAGGUUUGUGCACUGUACUUCAGGAAUUGCUGUGUGGGAGACAGUUUGGGAUUGGAGUCAUGAGAUAGUGUCUACUCCUAGACACUCAUCUUCUAAAGGAUUAUUUAAUCUGAACUUCCAUGUAACUUAAGGAGGGCAACCUUUUAAUAUAUUUCUUCCUUUUUUUUUUUUUUUUUUGCCUGCCUUCAUAGUUUUUUUUUCCGAAAAGUGAAAUAACAGGGAGUUGUUGAGGGAUUUUUACUUAAAAGACGGCCUUUCCUCCAAGCUUUUGAUAGUGGCCCUUAAAGCAGACAUUGCGUUCUUUAGGGCCUUCUGACUUGGAAUUUUUUUGUCCACAUUCUCCUUUCAGUGUUAAAGAUGAGUUGAAAAAGGCGAGUUACCAAUCUAAUGCCAUCCAAACAGUGCAAAAUAUAAGCUUAUAAAGAUUGUUGACAUUUAAUUUUUUUUGUUAAUAAUGAUGUGAUAUUUUACCUUUUAGAAGAACAUAUAUCAGAAUCUGAUUCAAGCGUUCUUGGAAGAUGUAUAUAGUAGUUUUUGUCUAGCACUGUAUGUAACUUUGUUCCUUUCUGUUGUCUGGUUUCAGUUUCUUUUAAAAUAAAGAUAAUUUUUGCGGGGAA